AUGCCUCGUUGCUUGAUCAAGUGUAUGAUGCGCUACGGACGAGCUGGCAAACUCGGCAAUGUCUCGAAAUCGCCAGUCCAUCAGUUGCAAGCUGUCAAAGAGCCAAAGAAGAAGAGAAGAAAGCACAAAGAGAACAACGGUACGCCGGACAACAUCUGGUCCUGGUCCCACCUGCCCAUCAUCACGCGUUACAAUUUCCAAAAAAAUGAGAGCCUCAUGUGGAGGCCGAAUCCAAUCAACAGUUUGGAUUGCUUGGUUAACAGCAACAGUAGCUGCUCCGACAAUCUUACAAGUGACAGUAGCGAAGACAAGAUUGCCCAGUAUUAUGACAUAUCUUGCAUCGACCACUCUGAUGUUCCCAGACUACUCCAGCUGAGAGAAAAACAUCCAGAUACUUCCCCAAAGAUCCAGGAAGACGAUGCCGACCUGACUGUUUUCUCCUCGAAUAUGCAAGUGCCCAAUGUUGUGUCCAUCAUCUACUCAUCACCAAAUGUUGAUCGCAAUGAGACUGCAAGAUCCCACGAAGAGGGUAGGAGUUGUUCGCAGCUCGAAGGGACACCUAAUCAGAAGCGCAACAAGACAUUGCACUUUUGUCCAUACUGUCACAAGAGCUUUGACAGACCCUGGGUGCUGAAAGGACAUUUGCGUCUUCAUACCGGGGAAAGGCCCUUUGAGUGUCCAGUUUGUAAAAAGUCCUUUGCCGACAGAUCAAACUUGAGAGCUCAUCAGAGAACGAGGAACCAUCAUCAGUGGCAGUGGAAGUGUGAAAUCUGCUUGAAAGCUUUUUCUCAGAGGCGCUACUUGGAACGUCACUGUCCAGAAGCUUGCAGAAAAUACAGGAUGUCGCAAAAAAAAGACUGA